GGUAUGUGUCUGUCUGUCUGUGAAGUCCAAUAAAGCUUUUGUGAAAAGUUCUCUAUCUCAUUCAAGUUCAUAGCUACUACUACCCCCACUCCUCUCUCAGCAAUGCAAAACUUGUCAAGUGCGGUGCAUCAUCACGCUCUACUUCAACAACUUCAUCAUCUUACUCUUAUCACAACACACCCUUCCUUCCACGCAGAGAACUUCAACCACGUGCUCUUCUCAUAGGUAUUACUGUAAUUUGCAACUACCAUUCUUCUCUCUCUCUCCUCUUUGUUCUCGAAAGACCGAACAAAGUGGCCUUCAGUAGAAGAUUCACCUUUCUGUCUUCACAUUUUGCCACCCAAAUGCCCCUCUCUGAUGACUGGUGACAGUUUUUGGUUGUAGAAAAAUUGGACGCUGUGAAGACUAUUGAAUUAAUGGAGUCUAUUGAUUGAGCUUACCAACUGAGUUCUUGGCAAUACUAAGAUUGAUACAUAGUUAUUUUGAAGAAAGAAAAAAUAUAGAAAUUCCAUUAAGAGAUUUUUGGGACACCUUUUGUGACUUGUGAGGUUUGUAUAUUCCAAUUUCCAACAUGGGGUGUGUUUUGUCAAGCAUUGAUGAGGAUGAGAACGUUCGUAAGUGCAAGGAAAGGAAGAGGGCGAUUAAGCAGUUGGUGAAGAUUAGAGGGGAUUUUUCUGAUUCUCUAUUGGCUUAUUUGAAAGCAUUGAGGAACACUGGUGCCACCCUUAGGCAAAUCACCGAGUCUGAUAUGAUUGAGUUUGAAACUGCCUCUAAUGCGGCUUCUCCAUCUCAUCAUCUGCCUGCAUCCCCUCUGCGGCCGCCGCCAUGGCCUCCUUUUCUUGCCGACAAGGCCAUGGUGCACGAAGAUGAAAUGCUAGAGAAUGGUGACAGCAAUGUGCCUCUGCUGCAAAUUGAUUCAAGUUUGAGCUCGUUACGGCUGUUUCAAAGCACUGAUAGAAGAGAAAUAGUAGAAUCAGUGGAGGAGGACAAUUGGGAAGAAAUGAAAACAGAAUUUGAGGAUGAAGAAGCAGAAGCAGAAGCUGCUGCAAUUGCUGAAAGAUUGCGUAGGGGAAAACAAAAGUUGAUUGAACCAGUUGACGAAAAUUCCUCUGCUAUGAGUUUGUAUAGAAGAGACACUACAGCUAUGCCUGUGGCGGUUGGUAGAAGUGGGAAAACAUUGGAGGGUAUAGGUAAAGAGCUGGAUGAUCAUUUCCUGAAAGCAUCUGGAUGUAUAAAGGAAAUUGCUGUUCUUAUAGAUAUCAAUGGAGGAGAUACUCUUCUUCGGCAGAAUUCUGGGCAUCUUGAUAGGAAGAGAGGCAAUUCUGCAAAGGUCUUCAGUGUACUGUCAUGGAGUAGGUAUUCAAAGUCACCCCCAUCCACCAAAGAUGGUGCUGAAUUUUCUGGUCAUAGUGAACCAUGCAAACCUGGAGCUCAUUGUGCCACAGUUAAAAAAUUAUAUGUGGCAGAGAAGAAACUUUUCAAGGCAUUAAAGGAGGAGGGAAUUGUUGCAUUGGAGUUCGACAGGAAGUCCACGUUAUUGUGUAAACAAGAGGAUGAGAACCUUGACAUAGUCAAGAUUGACAAAACUCGAUCAAGUGUUGAGAAGUUGGAGUCUGAUUUAAUAAGCCUAAGGCAGUGCAUCAGUGAAACAACUUCAUCAAUUUUGGAAAUGAUAGAUGAGGAGCUUUUGCCCCAGCUGGUUGCAUUAACUGCGGGGUUGACACAAAUGUGGAGGACAAUGCAUGAGUCCCAUAAAGCCCAAGCACUCAUCUCCCAACAUUUGAGUAACCUCAGUGAUAAUCAUAACACGAUACUAAAUUCUGGAUAUCAUCACCAGGCUACUAUUCAAUUUGAGACUGAAGUUUCUUAUUUGUAUAAUAGCAUUGGCAAACUUGUAAAAUUUCAACAAUUUGAGACUGAGGUUUCUUAUUGGUAUAAUAGCUUUGGCAAACUUGUAAAAUUUCAACGGGAGUAUGUGAGGACCCUCUAUGAGUGGAUUAAGCUUGCUGAAAGCCUCAAGGAUGGUAAUGAAUGUAGCAAUCAUUCUUCUAUUCUUGCCAUUUGUGAUCAAUGGGAGCGUGGGCUUAACAAGUUACCUGACAAGGAGACCUCUGAAGCAAUAAAAAGCCUGAUGUCAUGCCUUCGUUUCAUAACUGGCCAACAGAUUGAGGAAGAUAACAUUCUGGAAAGGUUACAAAAACUUGAAAGGAAGUUCCAAAAAUGCUUGAACUCCAUGGCUGAGAUGCAGCAAAGAAUAGAUGGAGGUAUGGCUGAUACAAGCCCCAAGCAUCCAAUACAUCUUAAGAAAACUGAAACCGAAGCCCUUAAGAAGCAAGUGGAAAGUGCGAAAGCAAAUUAUUUGGAUUCUGUUCAGUACAGUAGGGCAAUGACCCUUGAUCACCUCCAAAAGACACUUCCCCCUCUCUUCCAGUCACUGAUGGAGUUUUCAAGUGAAUCAGCUCAGGCUAUUGAGGCUAUCAAUGCCCCAGGAAAGCCAGUAGAGUAGAGUGCAGGACUUUGCAUCGCAUAACUUUUUUCUGUUGCCUGGUGCUUUGGAUGGUAUGAGCACAAAAUAUAUGUUAUUGUAAAUUGUGUUCUUGACAGUUUGAAAACUGAAACAAAAUUAUGUUGAGCCAUUCUUGAUGGUAUCAAAAUUAUACACUUCUGUAUAUCCCUUUCAAGCCACCAAGUACUGAAUUUUUCAAUGGGGGGCUUAAGGCUAUUUACAUUGUAGCAAAUGGAAAAAUGAAAAAAAAAAAAAAAGUACUCAUACAUAGAGGGUGUAUACUAGGAUGGUUAGAAAUCCAAUGGUUGUGUGAAGAGCAAAUGAGGGGCAAGGACGGUUUUAAAUAUUUUAAGUAUGAUUUGGAAAUUAUCAUUA